GCAAGCCUUAGCAACGUUCUGGACCUUAGAUACCGUUACCACGACAAUAGGUUCCUAACAGCCGAAGAAAUCUGCGUAAUGGAUGAUUCAAGAUGCCUCUACAUCUAAAAUAAUGAGAUAUGUUUAAAUGCCUGCCUUUCCUGAUAAGUUAAGGGAACUUGUCCAACUUUUGUCAGACAGCAAAGUUAGCAUCUGCAGUCAUUCAACUGUCGUGAACCAGCCUUAAGGGAGCAUUUGAAUCUAAAAUUCAUCAUUAUUAUUGAUUAAUGAGAUAGAAGGAGAGAUGCAACCUGCUCCACAGUGGUCAGAGAAUGAUCGUGUUGGGAAAGUCAGGGAUUCCAUGUUGGCUAAUCCUCUUAUAGUGAAGUCCGAACUUGGCAAAGGAAAACGAAGUGGUAACCCCCUACCAGGACCUACUCAUGUGUAUGGGACAAUUGAGAGAGUCUAUGAUGGCGGAGUUCCUGCAGCUAUUGGUCACUGGCAUACAAUGAAACCCAAAAAACAGGAAACUCUGCACAAACUCAGACGUGACUUUGCAGCAUUGAAUAAAGCAGCCAUUAAAGCAGGAUUGGUUACUCCACGAGAGAUCUACCAGUUUAGGGCAACACAUGACAUUGGAAUUUUGGGGAAAGAGGUAGAAAAAAAAGAAGGCAUGCUCCCUGAAAUAACUUUUGGAAUGCCAGUACGGCCCUCAACCCCAAUGUUUGACCUAUUGGAGAAUAAAUUCCAGAAGGAAUGGUUAGACGACCAGAAAGCAAGAGACCAGAUCAAGCAGAAGAAAAAGACCCGUCAGGUCACCCUCGUAAAGAAUUAUCAAACCCGUGCAGCAGUACUGAGCAAAGCAGUACCAAAAGUGGACCCUGCACCAAUAGUGCAUCCAAAACGCUACCAGAAGAUUGGACCUCACUUAGAUACUUUCCGGAGCAUGGAAGCUCGCCGUGCAGCUUUCGAUGUGAACUGGUUGGAUUCAGCUGCAAGGAGUGGCCCCCAUGGACAUGGUGUCUAUGCCUUUGAAUAAAUCGGAACCUAAAUUAUUAGUUUCUUUAACUUGCAAAUUAAAUAGAGGGAUUGUAAUUGUGCAUAUUUUCAAAUGCUUGAAAUAGGUCGCGAUUUUAAUACAUAACUGGAAUUAAAUUAAUCUUUUAGCCUUUUUGAUUACAUCUGUUGUGUUUCAAGAUGCAACACUGGAUUCAGAAAGAAAACUUACUUCAGUUUAAUGUUCUGUAUGUAAGAAAAUGUUAUUUUCAUCCCUCUGUUCAGAGAAAAUAAAUGGUCAUCUACUAUACAUCGAUGUCCAAGACAACCUAAUGAAAACUAUCAGAUAAGGUCUCCUAAGUUUAUCAAUUAAAAGAAACAUUAUUCCGUAGCAUGCAAUUACUCAGAACUUAUGUAAACUCUGUUCCCACAUGA